CACAAAAAAAACUAGCUAGCCAGCCGCCUCUCUCUACAGUCGCCACCGCGUCGCCAGCUAAUUGCUGAAGAUGGCGGCUUGUAGACGUGUUCACUCUCUCCUGCUUUUGUUAUCCAUGUGUAUAUAUGUGUACUUCGUUAAAGCAGGGAAAACACAGGCUGCUGCCAAUGGAAAUGUCGAGAAUAUUGGAAGCCCCCGAAAUCAAGGAGUUUUACCCGUCGCUGCGAAUGCAGCUCCCGGGGCUGUGGCAGCGCAGCCCCGUCGUUCUACCGGCUGGAAGCUGGCUGAAGAGGAGGCCUGUCGGGAAGAUCUGUUGAGGCUUUGUCCAAAUAAGCAUUCUUGGUCAAACAACUUAGCCGUGCUGGAAUGUCUGCAGGAUCAUAAGGAGGAUACAGAGCUGGCUCCUGACUGCAAUCAUCUACUAUGGAACUACAAGCUGAACUUGACGACUGACCCCAAGUUCGAGUCCGUGGCCAUGGAGGUGUGCAAGAGCACCAUCAGCGAAUUAAAGGAGUGUGCCCAAGAGGAGAAGGGGAAGGGCUACCUGGUGUCCUGUCUGGUAGAUCACCGUGGCAACAUCAGUGAACACCACUGCAAUCAGUACAUCACCAAGAUGACCACCAUCAUCUUCAGCGACUACCGGCUCAUCUGCGGAUUUAUGGACAAAUGUCGUGAAGACAUCAACACGCUACAUUGUGGGAGUAUCAACACAGGAGAGAAGGAUGUGCAUUCUCAGGGCGAGGUGAUUGCCUGUCUGGAGAAGGGGCUGGUGACGGAGGCAGAGCAGCAGGCUGGUCACACUGGUAUCAAGGAGGACUGCAAGAAGGCCAUCAUGCGAGUGGCCGAACUCUCGUCCGAUGACUUCCACCUCGAUCGCCACCUGUACUUCGCCUGCCGUGAUGACCGUGAACGCUUCUGUGAAAAUACUGCGGCAGGAGAGGGGCGGGUCUACAAGUGUCUCUUCAACCACAAGUUUGAGGAUGGCAUGUCAGAAAAGUGCAGGGACUCCCUGUCCACACGUCAGAAGCUGAUCGCUCAGGACUACAAGGUGAGCUACUCGCUGGCCAAGGCCUGCCGCGCGGACCUGCGCAAGAACCGCUGCAACCAGGACACCAACAUGCCCCGCGCCCGCGAAGCCAAGCUCUCCUACCUGCUCCUCUGCCUCGAGUCGGUUCUGCACAGAGGUCGGCCGGUCAGUGGGGACUGUCAGGGCGAGAUGCUGGACUACAGGCGGAUGCUGAUGGAGGAUUACUCGCUGAGCCCGGAGAUCGUGCUCCACUGCCGGGGCGAGAUUGACGCGCACUGCGGCCUGCACCACAAGGGACGCACGCUGCAUUGCCUCAUGAGGGUGGUCCGUGGGGACAAGGGUCCGGUGGACAGCCUCUGCCAGAAGGCCCUCCAGAGUCUGGUGCAGGAGGCAGACCCAGGGGCAGACUACCGCAUCGACCGGGCCCUCAACGAGGCCUGUGAGUCGGUCAUCCAGACCGCCUGCAAACACAUCCGCAACGGAGACCCCAUGGUGCUGUCGUGUCUGAUGGAGCACUUGUACACUGAGAAGAUGGUGGAAGACUGUGAGCUGCGCCUGCUGGAGCUGCAGUACUUCAUCUCCAGAGACUGGAAACUGGACCCACUUCUGUACAAGAAGUGCCAGAAUGAUGCGGCGAGGAUCUGCCACACUCACGGCUGGAACGAGACGAGCGAGUCGAUGCCCCCUGGCGCCGUCUUCUCCUGCCUGUACCGCCACGCCUACCGCACUGAGGAGCAGGGCCGCCGGCUCUCGCGGGAUUGUCGUACAGAGGUGCAGAGGAUCCUGCACCAGAGGGCUAUGGACGUGAAGCUGGACCCUGACCUGCAGAGACGCUGCUUGACCGACCUGGGCAAAUGGUGCAGCGAGAGGACAGAGGCUGGACAGGAGCUGGUGUGUCUGCAGGAUCAUCUGGAUGACUUGGGCCCGGACUGUAAGGAUGUGGUGGGAAACCUGACAGAACUGGAGUCAGAGGACAUUCAGAUUGAUGCCCUGCUGAUCCGUGCUUGUGAACCUGUGAUCCAGACCCAUUGCCAUGAUGUGGCGGAUAACCAGAUUGAGACGGGGGACCUGAUGGAGUGCCUGGUGCUCAAUAAGCACCAGAAGGAGAUGAAUGAGAAGUGCACCGUGGGGGUCACUCACUUCCAGCUGAUCCAGAUGAAGGACUUCCGCUUUUCCUACAAGUUCAAGAUGGCCUGCAAGGAGGACGUACUCAAACUCUGCCCCAACAUCAAGAAGAAGGUGGAUGUGGUGAUCUGCCUGAGUACCACAGUGAGGAACGACACGCUGCAGGAUGUGAAAGACCAGCGUGUGUCUGUGAAGUGCCGCAGACAGCUCAAAGUGGAGGAGCUGGAGAUGUCCGAAGAUAUUCGUCUGGAGCCGGACCUGUUUGACAACUGCAAGAACGACAUCAGGAAGAUGUGUCAGAACGUGCCGUACGGAAACGCUCAGGUGAUUGAGUGUCUGAAGGAGAAUAAGAAACAGCUGUCCCAGCGGUGCCAUCAGAAGGUGUUCAAGCUGCAGGAGACUGAGAUGAUGGACCCUGAACUGGACUUUCAGCUCAUGAGGGUCUGCAAGCAGAUGAUCCGGAGGUUCUGUGCUGAGGCGGACGCUAAGAACAUGCUGCAGUGCCUGAUUCAGAACAAGAACGGCGAGAUGAUGGAUCCCAAGUGCAAACAGAUGAUCACCAAGCGACAAAUCACCCAGAACACAGAUUACCGGCUGAAUCCAGUGUUGAGGAAGGCCUGUAAAGCGGACAUUCCCAAGUUCUGCCAGAACAUCCUGACUAAAGCCAAAGACGACAAUGAGCUGGAGGGACAGGUCAUCUCCUGCCUCAAACUCAAAUAUGCAGAUCAGCGUCUCUCGCCUGACUGUGAGGACCAGAUCAGGGUGAUCCUGCAAGAGUCUGCUCUGGACUUCAGACUGGACCCUCAGCUUCAGCUCCAGUGCACUGAGGAGAUCUCCCGGCUGUGUGCGGAGGAGGUGGCGGCGCAGGAGCAGACGGGUCAGGUGGAGGAGUGCUUGAAGAGCAACCUGCUGAAGAUCAAACAUGACGGCUGCAAAAAGGAGGUGUUGAACAUCCUGAAGGAGAGUAAGGCCGACAUCUUUGUGGACCCCGUGCUGCACACGGCCUGCGCUCUGGACAUCAAACACCAGUGCGCCUCCAUUCCGCCAGGCAGAGGGCGCCAGAUGUCGUGUCUAAUGGAGGCUCUGCAGGAUAAGCGAGUGCGUCUGCAGCCGGAGUGUAAGAAGAGACUGCAGGAUCGCAUCGAUAUGUGGAGCUAUGCCGCCAAGGCGGCUCCGGCGGAGGGCUUUGCUGACCUGGCGGGCGAGGUGUUAACCUCUCCGGCCAAGAACUACCUCCUGUCCAUGCUGGGCAUGGCCGUCACCCUGCUCUUCCUCAUGGGGCUGCUGUGCUGGCCGUCCUGGGCAUCACCAGCACCCCCUGCCCUUCCUGUCCCUUGCCUCCACCCCUCCCCUCCUGUCCUCCCCCUGCCCUCUCCUCACAUCACCCAGCAGCCCUGGACCCCCAUCCCAAGGACAGAUGAUGAUGCCAUGUACUAUUGA